CUGGCAUUGCAUGUUGUCGUUUUCUGUCGUUUCUUCUGCCUAUAGAGCAUUACCCGGGCCCUUUGGACUCUAAAAACACUCGUCUCCGGAUCAACCGAUCACUCGAUUAAAACGUGGAAUACUACAACAUGGAAACAGAUUUCACUGCUGGACGAGCACACCGACGGUGUCUUGGCCGUUGCAAUACUUGAGAAUGGACGCAUCCUCGCAAGCGCAUCUGAAGACAAGACAGUGCGGUUGUGGAACCUCGACAAAAGCCAGCCCAUCAGCUCGCCCCCCUCAACCAUGCAGAUUCAGUGACCUGUAUGUCGCUUUCGGCAGAUGGAAAGCUGCUAGCCACUGGCUCCGAUGACAAUAAUGUAUACACGUGGGAUGUUUAUGCGAUACUAAGAGAAGCUGGCCUCGACGACCUUCUGUUGGAUGUAAAUUCAAUACUUGCUGCUGACGCUACAAGACGUCCGGUCCAGCCAAUCAAGGUCUCGAAUCGGGUACCCCGAGGGUUUUUCGACGACUCCCCACAUCGGCGUGCUCCUCUUUCUGCACGACCCCACGCCCAAGAUACGCCGUCCCGACCCUCCCUUUUCCGUUGGGCUCGAAACCUUCUCUCUGGCGGACCAAGUGGUCCACAGGUCGAGCGGCACGAGCGUAGCUUAGUAGCAGUUGACGUCCCGUAUGCCAAGGGAAAGCGCGUACGUUCUUGUCUUUUUCCUCGAAUGUUCAAACUGCCAUCUCAUAUCACACAGAGGAAUACCUGCGCAAGGGAAAAACGGAGGCCAAUUCUGUUGAAACCCACGAACGCUGCUGCAGGCAGCUCGCGCCCUCCCAAUAGCAACGUCACACAACAAUCGGCUCAGGCUCAGUUAUCCUCGCAACAACAAGCUGCUGUCUCUACGUCGUCCUCCACACCUCCCGUCGGCGCUACUACCACGUCGAGCACCAAUCCUAAUGUAACGAUAAAACACGCUGGACGUUGGAUUCGCUUCUGGCUCUUUAUCUGUUGUGCCUCUACCGAGUAUACCCAUGACAGUCAUCAUUAAUUAAUUUUCUCGUUCCUGUGACAUUCAUUUC